GGAAGGUAGUCGGGCCAUUUGGGUUCAUAUAUCCAGGCGACUAUUUAUUGUGACACGAACUCGUCCCGCAAGCCCACUCAGGGCCCCAGAAUUACGCCGUUCCCCAGCUUCUCGGGUCCCUCCCCCGGGAUCGGCCACAACGAAGAUUGGUUUACGACCUGGUUGAUGUGCGUUCUGGCGUCAGCUCAUGCGCUCACUCAGCCUCGUGCAGCAUUUUAUUGCUCUUUCCUUUCGUCCAGAGUUCCCACCCGCGGGAUACGCGAAAUGGAAAGGUCCGAUGGGUCCAUGAGAAGCCAAUUGUGGUGGAUCGAUUUACGUCUUUCCCUGGGGUGGAUCCCUUCUACCGCAGCACGUAGAAGGUAUGCUCGCCUCGAGGUCGGAGGUUCGGUGGACCUGCCCUGCCUCUGCAUCCAGGGAGCUGAGCAGCUGUACGGGGAGGAGGAUGUCGCUCCGACACUAGGUGUUGUUGGUGAGAAAUUGGCGUCUCUCGAAGGCGCAUAUGGGAAAGAUUAUUGGAGAAAUGGGGGAAAACUUGCAGUGAAUGAGGGGAAGCUUUGGUGGAUGAUAGUCAUGGAGGGGCCGUCUAUUCCCAUUCGGGAACAACAUGACGAUGAUCAGAAUCCCCAUUCGCCCUAUCCAAUAACUGUUCAUCGGUCGGCCAUGUGCAUCAAACUCUAUUAUAACAAUGCGUCGACUCCCUUUCGACCGACGCCGAAUACACCAUCAGAGAUCAUUGUGACAACAUUAUCUGGAUUCAAAGCCUCUUUCGAGCUCGAAGAAUGA